UGCAACAUGUGAAGCUUCAUUGUCAAGAUUUACAUUCAUAGCAAACGUUUCCAAUAUAAUCAGUCCAGUUUUUUACUAUAAAAAUUCAAUUAACGUUAGUUUUUUUACGAAAAAUGUUAAGUGGGACUGUUAUGCCGAGAAAUCGGAAAGAAACUGGAGAAUUCUACGCACAUCAUUCUCACCAUGAUCUAUGCAAACAAUGUUAAUUACUCAUUUUGUUUACAAAAGUGUACAAAUAAAGUUUUCUUGUUACUCGGGAUUUUUGGUUUCAUCAAUAUCGGAAAUAUGAUAGUGAGGAAGAGCUUUACAGGAUUGAUCUCGCGGCUAACAUGAAUGUUCGACUCGUGGAACUUAUUUUUGGUGAAACGUUUCAGUGUUUUUUUUGUCAAAAACCUGUGAUAAAUUAUUCAAGCGAGAACGGUAAAGUGUACAACAACGAUGUCUUCUGAGUUGUUUUAGGAUGGUCGAAGAGCUCUAUUUUGAUGAUAAACUUGCAGUGAUUAAUCCCCUUUGAAUGCAUCACAUUCCAUUCCAGACGGUAUGCACCAUCCUUGAGCGACAUUGUCUUAACCAGAUUGAUAGUGCCCCGUCGGUCAAACCUACCCAGCUAACGGCAGUUUUGCAUGAUGUGUAUUUUGCUGCAGAGCAACUGGGGUAUUUUUCUGAUCUGGAUCAGCAACCUGAUCGCGAAACGUUGAUUGCGACUAUGGCGGGAUUUUUCUGGGCGGUUUACGAUCCCAAACGAUGCAAUCCGAUAUCCGUAUUAGAAUUAAAACAAACAUUUCUGUUAUUAUGCGAAACUCAAAACUUUGAACAAAUCGUGUGGGAACAUUUUCACCUGACGAGCGACCACAACUUGUGUGUGUCGCGACAUCGAUUCGAGGCAAUGCUAAUGAACUUAGCAAAACUACUUUCAUUCUUGGGAGAACCUGACCACAUAAAACCGAAUCUCGUACAAGAAAUUGUUGGCGAAUGCUUUGCACACUAUCCCGGUUUGGUGGGAUUGACGGAGUAUCAAUUUUCGUGUCUCUGGAAAUUGUCUUCAAAAUUCUCCUAUUACUCUAAUGUAGUAGCCUUGUCGAAACGCUUGAAGGAGUCGGAGUUUGUUGUUCACAACGUGCAGUGUACUGGUUGCCGAGUUACAAUUCAAGGAUUGCGAUUCAAGUGCCAAAAAUGUAGAAAUCUUUCGCUCUGUAUUGACUGUUUCAGUCAGGGAUAUCUGAGUAAAAAUCACAAUGUUGGUCAUAAAAUGUAUGAGAUAAGUACAAAUGACAUUUCAACCAACAAAAUUUCAACGUUGUUCAUGAAGAUCUGCAACUUAUUCAGCCGUUCAUCGGUGCCACAAUCCCACAUGCAGCAACCAUCUACCUUCGAUAACAUGAAAGCUAAAUUAAUUGAUACUAACGCAGUGGAGCUGCAGGAGAUUGAGCCGUCCCCGGCAGCAUGUAGUACCAUGCGCGGUACACUUUCCCGCACGCUUAAUUCGACUAACAGUGCAUCGCUUCGUAAGAGUUCCAGUAAGAACAUGAGUAUAUUCAGCAACAUUGAUUCUCAACUUUUUACGAGCUCCCAAAGCCAGAUGCUAGUUGAAAAACUGACAUCAGUUUUGGAAAUUCUUGAAGAUGAUAGCGAGAAAUAUCGCCUAACGUUGGCCAAUCUAAAAGCCAACAAUGCAGUCGACAAAAGUCACCUCGAGUAUUUUGAUGGGCAUGGCAAAAUUAUCUCAGAACAGCUGAAAACCUUGAAAGACGUAUGUACAAAGGUGGGUCGUGGCUUUCCGCAAAGUUCCAGCACUCCUUACCGAUCGGCUACCAAAAGCUGUGACCAGCGGAUAUCUUUAGGACAGGCGUGUUCAAUGGAUAAGUCUAUCCAUGGCGCGGAACUUAAUAAAUCGUAUGUAAAUGAGCAGCUACAAGGAGAGUUAUCCGUUCGAGAUGUGAGUUCAUGGUAUCACCUGAACCGGCCUUCUGAUACAAUCCUUGAAGAAAUUACCGACGAUAAAAGGAUAAACCGAAAUGGUAAUAUGGUCCCUGAUGAAUUAAGCCGAUGUAUAGAUAAUUUGAAAAUCGAUACGCAAAUGGCUAAUUUCAAGGAUUUGUUACUGAAGGUGCGAGAAAUAGUCGACGAUUCCUACAGCGAUAACACAGAACUCGCUCGAACGACACAGCAGUUGGAAAAAGCCUUGGAUCGAAUCAUCGAGCAUGAAGAAAGAAAACGAGUUGAAAGUAUUUAAACGUUGAUCAUUCGAUUAACAGGAACUGGUUUCUUCCAAUUCUUUUUAAGAGUAAAGUAUGUUGUCCGCUACACAUAUAAGAUUUAGAAAUAAAAUUUAUUAACUGUA